UCUGAAGAAAGGAGAAUGGCGUUCAGCAAAGGAUUUCGGAUCUAUCACAAACUGGAUCCUCCACCUUUCAGUCUCAUCGUGGAAACCAGGCAUAAGGAAGAAUGUCUCAUGUUCGAGUCUGGGGCCGUAGCUGUGCUUUCAUCUGCAGAAAAAGAGGCAAUCAAGGGUACAUACUCCAAAGUGCUUGAUGCUUAUGGACUCUUAGGUGUUUUACGAUUAAAUCUUGGUGAUACUAUGUUACAUUAUCUCGUCCUAGUCACUGGAUGUAUGUCUGUUGGAAAAAUUCAAGAAUCGGAGGUUUUCCGAGUUACUUCCACCGAAUUUAUAUCACUACGAAUUGAUUCUUCAGAUGAGGAUCGCAUUUCAGAAGUGCGAAAAGUUUUGAAUUCGGGAAACUUUUAUUUUGCGUGGUCUGCAUCUGGAGUCAGUUUAGAUCUGAGUCUUAACGCACAUCGUAGCAUGCAAGAACACACAACCGAUAAUAGAUUUUUCUGGAAUCAGUCUUUGCACUUGCACCUCAAGCACUACGGCGUGAAUUGUGAUGACUGGCUAUUACGCCUCAUGUGUGGGGGAGUAGAAAUCAGAACAAUCUAUGCUGCUCAUAAGCAGGCCAAGGCUUGCCUCAUUUCCAGACUCAGCUGUGAACGAGCUGGGACCAGGUUUAAUGUCCGGGGAACAAAUGAUGACGGCCACGUUGCUAAUUUUGUAGAAACAGAACAGGUUGUGUACUUAGAUGACUCUGUUUCUUCUUUCAUCCAAAUCCGGGGGUCUGUUCCAUUGUUCUGGGAGCAACCAGGGUUGCAGGUGGGAUCUCAUCGUGUUCGUAUGUCAAGGGGAUUUGAAGCCAAUGCACCUGCUUUUGACAGGCAUUUUAGAACGCUUAAAAGCUUAUAUGGUAAACAAAUAAUAGUAAAUUUGCUUGGAUCUAAGGAAGGUGAACAUAUGCUAAGUAAGGCUUUCCAGAGUCACUUGAAAGCUUCUGAACAUGCUGCUGACAUCCAGAUGGUGAAUUUUGACUAUCAUCAAAUGGUUAAAGGAGGAAAGGCAGAAAAAUUACAUAGUGUUCUUAAACCUCAAGUCCAAAAGUUUGUAGAUUAUGGAUUUUUUUAUUUCAAUGGAAGUGAAGUUCAAAGAUGCCAGAGUGGCACAGUUCGAACAAACUGCUUGGAUUGUCUGGAUAGAACAAAUAGUGUGCAGGCAUUCCUUGGCUUAGAGAUGCUAGCUAAACAAUUGGAAGCUCUUGGCUUAGCCGAAAAGCCUCAGCUGGUGACUCGCUUUCUGGAAGUUUUCCGGUCAAUGUGGUCCGUGAAUGGUGAUUCGAUCAGUAAGAUAUACGCGGGCACUGGAGCCCUCGAAGGAAAGGCGAAGUUAAAAGAUGGUGCUCGUUCUGUUACUAGAACGAUUCAGAAUAACUUCUUUGACAGCUCCAAGCAAGAGGCCAUAGAUGUUUUACUACUGGGAAAUACUCUAAAUAGUGACUUAGCUGACAAAGCUCGAGCACUUUUAACUACCGGAAGUUUGCGCGUUUCUGAACAGACAUUACAGUCAGCAUCUUCCAAAGUACUAAAGAGCAUGUGUGAGAAUUUCUACAAGUAUUCAAAGCCCAAGAAAAUUCGGGUAUGUGUUGGAACCUGGAACGUGAAUGGUGGGAAGCAGUUUCGCAGCAUAGCUUUUAAGAAUCAGACGCUCACCGACUGGCUUCUUGACGCGCCCAAGUUAGCUGGCAUCCAGGAGUUUCAAGAUAAAAGAAGUAAGCCAACUGAUAUAUUCGCAAUUGGUUUUGAAGAAAUGGUAGAGUUGAAUGCUGGAAACAUUGUGAAUGCAAGCACAACAAACCAAAAGCUCUGGGCUGUGGAACUGCAGAAGACCAUCUCCAGAGACAACAAGUAUGUGCUGCUGGCUUCUGAGCAGUUGGUGGGCGUCUGCCUGUUUGUUUUUAUCAGACCCCAACACGCUCCCUUCAUCAGGGACGUUGCGGUCGACACCGUGAAGACCGGAAUGGGAGGCGCCACUGGAAACAAGGGGGCCGUUGCGAUACGGAUGCUGCUGCAUACAACCAGCCUCUGCUUCGUCUGUAGCCACUUUGCCGCGGGCCAGUCCCAAGUCAAAGAAAGAAACGAAGAUUUUGUAGAAAUAGCGCGGAAGUUGAGUUUUCCAAUGGGAAGGAUGCUGUUUUCCCACGACUACGUAUUUUGGUGUGGUGAUUUCAACUAUCGCAUUGAUCUCCCUAAUGAAGAAGUGAAAGAGCUCAUAAGACAGCAAAAUUGGGAUUCUCUUAUAGCAGGAGAUCAGCUUAUCAAUCAGAAAAAUGCUGGACAGAUUUUUAGAGGAUUUUUAGAAGGAAAAGUUACCUUUGCUCCAACAUACAAAUAUGAUUUGUUUUCUGACGACUAUGACACCAGUGAAAAGUGCCGCACCCCUGCGUGGACAGACCGUGUCCUCUGGAGAAGAAGGAAAUGGCCUUUUGAUAGAUCAGCUGAAGAUUUAGAUCUUCUAAAUGCUAGUUUUCAAGAUGGAAGCAAAAUCCUCUACACGUGGACUCCUGGCACUUUGCUGCAUUACGGAAGAGCCGAGCUAAAGACUUCUGACCACAGGCCUGUCGUUGCCCUGAUUGAUAUAGAUAUAUUUGAAGUUGAAGCCGAAGAGAGGCAAAACAUUUAUAAAGAGGUGAUUGCAGUUCAAGGUCCACCAGAUGGGACAGUAUUGGUCUCAAUCAAAAGUUCUGUCCCAGAAAAUAAUUUUUUCGAUGAUGCUUUGAUCGAUGAGCUUCUGCAGCAGUUCACAGAUUUUGGUGAAGUUAUACUCAUAAGAUUUGUAGAAGACAAAAUGUGGGUUACAUUUUUGGAGGGAAGCUCUGCCUUGAGUGUUCUGAACCUAAAUGGUAAAGAGUUAUUGGGUCGGACUAUAACUAUUACUUUAAAAAGUCCAGACUGGAUCAAAAAUCUGGAAGAAGAAAUGAGUUUAGAGAAAAUUAACGUUCCGUUGCCGUCAUCGACAAGCUCUACCCUGCUCGGUGAAGAUGCGGAGGUCACAGCAGAUUUCGAUAUGGAAGGUGAUGUUGAUGACUACAGUGCUGAAGUUGAGGAAAUUCUUCCCCAGCACCUCCAGCCGUCCUCAAGUUCUGGCCUCGGCACUUCCCCGAGCUCUUCACCCCGAACCAGUCCCUGCCAGUCACCAACCAUAUCAGAGGGUCCUGUGCCUUCCCUUCCCAUAAGACCGAGUCGGGCACCAUCAAGAACACCUGGGCAUCCAUCUUCACAAAGUUCUCCUAUGGACGCUCUGCCGGCAACACAGCUGCAGCAAAAAGAUUCUCAGACCUUAGAGCCCAAGCGGCCUCCUCCUCCCCGCCCGGUGGCUCCUCCUACGCGCCCCGCCCCCCCACAGAGACCACCCCCACCUUCAGGGGCUAGGAGUCCUGCACCUGCUAGAAAGGAAAUUGGAGGUGUCGGAGCCCCUCCCAGUCCUGGGGCAGCUAGGCGAGAGACGGAAGCACCCAAAAGCCCUGGAACGACACGGAAAGAAAACAUAGGACGCACUCAGCCUUCACCUCAGGCAGGACUCCCAGGCCCAGGACCUGCUGGAUACAGUGCAGCCAGACCGACUAUCCCGCCCCGCGCCGGAGUGAUCAGUGCCCCACAGAGCCACGCUCGGGCAUCUGCUGGAAGACUGGCUCCUGAAAGCCAAAGCAGACCGCCGGAAGGACUGAAAGGUUCAGUCCUUCUUCCCGAACCGCUGAAGCCUCAGGCUGCGCCCCCCGUGCAGCCCUCUCUGCCCCCGCCCGUUCAGAAGAUGCAGGAGCCCCUUGUCCCCGUGGCAGCGCCUCUGCCUCAGUCCGCCCCCCAGCCAAGCCUGGAAACCCCGCCGCAGCCGCCCCCUCGGAGCAGGUCGUCCCACAGCCUGCCUCCGGAGCCUUCGCCGCAGCCGCCGCAGCCGCAGGUGAAAACAAAUGGAGUCUCUGCCGUCAGACUGGAAUCACCCUUAAAGAAUGACCCAUUUGAAGAUCUGUCAUUCAGUCUGCUUGCUGUAUCCAAGGCUCAGUCAUCCAUUCAAACAUCAUGUGCUCCAACCCCAAACCCAAAGGGGUUGAUUCAGUUGCCUUCUGCAACACAAAGUAACAUGAAUACUUUGAGUUCUGUAACUUGCAUGCCUCCAAUUCCAGCCCGGAGUAAAUCCCAGGAAAAUACGCGAUGUUCUCCAAACCCAUUUAUUACUAGCUUGACCAGCACAAAUCCUUUCACCGACAGGACUGCAGCUCCCGGAAACCCGUUUAGAGCCGAGUCUCAAGAAUCGGAGGAGGCAAGUUCGUGGCUCUCCAAAGACGAGCCUGUUGCCAGCAGUCCUUUCCCUUCCCUGAGGCCUCUUGGUCAUAACAAUAGCAAGCCUUCAUCAUUCGAUGGUUUUAAGGACAGUUUUGAUCUGCAGGGCCAGUCUUCGGCAAAAAUCAGCAACCCAAAAGGAUGGGUAACCUUCGAGGAGGAGGAGGACUUUGGUGUGAAAGGGAAGUCAAAGUCAUCUUGUCCAGACCUACUGAAUAAUCAGCCGAGAUCGCUCUCUGGCUCCGUGACCUUUGAUGAUGACUGGAAUAAAGGCACAAAUGUUCCUUUCUGUGUGUUGCCAUCAAGACGACCACCUCCACCUCCUGUCACUCUGCCCCCACCUGCCACCACCCCUCCUGUAGCUCCUUUCACAACCUUGCCAUCGAAGGCAUCACCCACACUAGACUUUACAGAAAGAUAA